AUGGAACUCAUGUUUGCCGAGUGGGAAGACGGGGAGAGGUUUUCCUUCGAAGACUCGGACCGCUUCGAGGAAGACUCGCUUUGCUCCUUCAUUUCCGAGGCGGAGAGCCUGUGCCAGAACUGGAGAGGAUGGCGGAAACAGUCAGCCGGACCCAACUCGCCCACUGUCAAAAUGAAAGAUGGGUCGGUGAUCCCACUGGUGGAACUGUCAGCCAAGCAGGUGGCAUUUCACAUUCCCUUUGAAGUAGUGGAAAAAGUCUACCCACCUGUGCCUGAGCAACUGCAGCUCCGUAUUGCCUUUUGGAGCUUUCCAGAGAACGAAGAAGAUAUCAGGCUAUAUUCAUGCUUGGCAAAUGGCAGUGCAGAUGAGUUCCAACGAGGCGAGCAACUCUUCAGAAUGAGGGCUGUUAAAGACCCAUUACAGAUAGGUUUCCACCUGAGUGCCACAGUGGUGCCUCCACAGAUAGUGCCACCCAAAGGAGCCUACAACGUGGCAGUAAUGUUUGACAGAUGCAGGAUCACCUCAUGCAGCUGUACUUGUGGAGCUGGGGCUAAAUGGUGUGCCCAUGUGGUAGCCCUUUGUCUCUUUCGGAUACACAAUGCAUCUGCAGUUUGCUUGCGAGCGCCUGUCUCUGAGUCCCUGUCUCGACUACAAAGGGAUCAGUUGCAGAAAUUUGCACAGUACCUCAUCAGCGAACUCCCUCAACAGAUACUUCCAACGGCUCAGCGUCUACUUGAUGAGCUGCUAUCCUCUCAGUCCACUGCCAUCAACACUGUAUGUGGAGCCCCAGAUCCUACUGCUGGUCCAUCUGCCUCUGAUCAAAGCACCUGGUACUUGGAUGAAUCUACAUUAAGUGAUAACAUAAAGAAAACUCUUCACAAAUUUUGCGGUCCCUCUCCUGUUGUAUUUAGUGAUGUGAAUUCCAUGUACCUGUCCUCCACGGAACCCCCAGCUGCUGCUGAGUGGGCCUGUCUGUUACGCCCCCUAAGAGGGAGAGAACCUGAAGGCAUAUGGAACCUGCUUUCAAUUGUUCGCGAGAUGUUUAAGAGACGGGAUACCAACGCAGCUCCUCUUCUGGAGAUCCUGACAGACCAAUGUUUAACAUAUGAACAGAUAACUGGCUGGUGGUACAGUGUAAGGACAUCAGCAUCCCAUAGUAGUGCAAGUGGACAUACUGGCCGGAGCAAUGGCCAGUCAGAAGUUGCUGCUCACGCUUGUGCAAGUAUGUGUGACGAGAUGGUGGUUCUUUGGAGACUUGCUGUCUUGGAUCCAACUAUUAGCCCUCAUCGGCGAAGGGACUUGUGCACACAGCUAAGGCAGUGGCAGUUGAAGGUAAUAGACAAUGUCAAAAGAGGGCAGCAUAAGAAGUCUCUUGAGAAGCUAUUCCAUGGAUUCAAGCCAGCUGUGGAAGCUUGCUAUUUCAAUUGGGAGGAGGCAUAUCCUAUCCCAGGCAUCACCUACAGCAGUGCUGACAAAAAGAACUCCUUUUGUUGGGUCAAGGCCAUCCAGCAGAGGAACUGCAGGCCGCCGUGUAUAGAAAAUUUUUCCGAGGCAGGGAGAAGCCACGGAACAGAUGCCAUGGGGACGUGUUUGCAGCUGGGAGACCGGUCACGCCUGGCAUCUCAGGAGCCAGCCGUGCGCCCCAAAGAACUUAUUGGGAAACGGAAAGUGGUGUCCGAAGGCCCCCAGCGGGUUCUGAGAAGACUUUCAGCGGAAGGGGACAAAGCUUCAUAUAAAACAACCGUGAACAAGGGCAAGCUUCCGGUGGGAAAGAACCUAGCCAGCAAACAUGGCGGGAAGCGUCGUAUGAGCAGCGAGGACAGUUCUUUGGAGCCGGACUUGGCCGAGUUGACUUUAGAUGACAGUAGCUUGGCUCUUGGAGCAGAGGCAAGCAACACCUUCAGCUUCACAGACAGCCCGCUGAGCAGAAGCUACAGAGAUACUUUUGAGGAUGAAGGUGGGGUGUAUUUCUCUGAGGCAACCGAGCCUGCCCACAGAAGCAGUCCUUCCACCAAGAAGCUUUCCAAGGAACCCGCGGAGGAAGUGGGCAGUGGAGAUGAUGAUCUCCACGGCCCGGAUGAAAGUAGUGCCGGGGUAUGUCCCAAGCCAAAAGAGGUGGAGGAAAACGGCGCUGCUGGAGGAGAAGAGGAAGAAGAUGACUAUCAAGUAUAUUAUUUAAACGCCCAGGAGGUGGCUAAGGAAGAAGAUGAGAAAGCAGAGGGUGGGACUGAAGAAGAGCAAGACAUGUUUGCUGGAAUAAAACCCUUGGAGCAAGAAAACCGAAUGGAGGUCCUGUUUGCCUGCGCAGAGGCUCUUCACGCACACGGCUAUAGCAGCGAAGCGUGUCGUCUCACUGUCGAACUUGCAAAAGACUUGCUGGCUAAUCCUCCUGAUCUCAAAGUGGAGCAACCCCCAACCAAGGGAAAGAAGAAUAAAGUAUCUACCAGCAAACAGACUUGGAUAGCAACCAACACUUUAUCCAAAGCUGCUUUUCUACUGACUGUACUGAGUGAGCGGCAAGAAUAUCACAAUCUAGCUUUCCAGAUUGGCAUGUUUGCUCUGGAGUUACAGAGGCCGCCAGCAUCUACCAAGGCCCUGGAGGUCAAGCUGGCUUACCAGGAGUCUGAGAUCGUGGCCUUGUUGAAGAAGAUCCCACUUGGCUCUAGCGAGAUGAAUACUAUUCGGGGGAGAGCCGAAGAGCUGAGGGAAGGAACCCUGUGCGAUUAUCGCCCUGUCCUGCCUCUCAUGCUCGCUAGCUUCAUAUUUGAUGUCUUAUGUGCUCCAGGGUCAAGACCCCCAAGCCGUAAUUGGAACAAUGAAAUGCCUGGAGAUGAAGAACUUGGCUUUGAGGCAGCCGUGGCAGCACUUGGCAUGAAGACAACAGUGAGCGAAGCAGAGCAUCCUCUUCUGUGUGAAGGUACCCGAAGAGAGAAAGGAGAUCUAGCUUUAGCCCUGAUGAUCACUUACAAGGAUGAUCAGUCUAAACUCAAAAAAAUCUUAGAUAAGCUGCUGGACAGGGAAAGUCAGACCCACAAGCCUCAAACUCUGAGUUCCUUCUACUCGUCCAGCAAACCUACAGUACCCAAUCAGAAAUCUCCUUCCAAACAUGCUACCCAGUCAACUGCACCCAUGCAGCAUCUCCCAGGAACAUCUGUGGCACAGCAGACAGGUGUACCGCCUACAGUCCAAAGCAAUCCUUCCGAACCCUUUAUAGAGAAGACUACCCAAGAGAACCCUCAGAGAUCCCCUUGUGAUCCACCUGUGGAGUCCAGUAUCUUAAAGCAAGAAGGGAAAGUUCCUAGCCGAAUAGCUCUUGGAAGUAGAGGGGGCUACAACGGAAGAUGCUGGGGUUCGCCAGUCAGACAGAAAAAGAAGCACACAGGAAUGGCAAGCAUUGAUAGCAGUGCCCCGGAAACCACCUCUGACAGUUCCCCCACCCUCAGUCGGCGCCCCCUCCGAGGGGGCUGGGCAACUACCUCCUGGGGCCGGGGACAGGACAGCGACAGCAUCAGCAGUUCUUCCAGUGAUUCCUUGGGUUCCUCUUCUUCCAGCGGAAGUCGGAGGGCCAGUGGAGGGGCACGUGCAAAGACCGUGGAGGUUGGGAGAUACAAGGGCAGGCGACCGGAGAGCCAUGCCCCCCACGUCCCAAAUCAGCCCUCGGAGGCAGCUGCUCACUUUUAUUUUGAGUUGGCCAAGACAGUUCUCAUUAAGGCUGGGGGAAACAGCAGCACCUCCAUUUUCACCCACCCGUCUUCUAGCGGUGGCCACCAAGGGCCUCAUCGUAACCUUCACCUCUGCGCCUUUGAAAUUGGACUCUAUGCAUUGGGACUGCACAACUUUGUCUCGCCAAACUGGCUCUCUCGGACUUAUUCCUCCCAUGUCUCUUGGAUCACAGGGCAAGCCAUGGAGAUUGGCAGUGCAGCCUUGAAUAUCUUGGUGGAGUGCUGGGAUGGUCACCUAACCCCCCCAGAAGUGGCAUCGUUGGCCGACAGAGCUUCAAGAGCUCGGGAUUCCAAUAUGGUGCGAUCAGCCGCUGAGUUGGCGUUGAGCUGUUUGCCACAUGCACAUGCCUUGAACCCCAAUGAGAUCCAAAGGGCCCUGGUCCAGUGCAAAGAGCAGGAUAAUCUAAUGUUGGAGAAGGCUUGCUUGGCUGUAGAAGAGGCCGCCAAAGGCGGCGGAGUUUAUCCUGAAGUUCUAUUCGAAGUUGCUCAUCAGUGGUACUGGUUGUAUGAGCAAACGGUUGGGGUAACUCUUGCCCAGAGGGAAGGAGCAACAGGCUGCAGUGCAAACGGAGCCCGGGCGCCGUGCGAAACAGUCCGUGGACAGCCAGACACCAGAGUGACGUCAGAAUCCGCCACAGUAACGGUGGCUGCUGCGGUGACGGCAGCAGCCACGGUAGUGCCUGUGAUCUCAGUGGGGUCCACCAUAUACCAGCAGCACACCGUGGCAGGACCAGCAAUGGCACACGCGCACACCCAGGGCCUGCACCCCUACACGACACUCCAGACCCACAUUCCUUGCAAUCCUCAAUACAUCAGCCAUCCUCUUCAGCACAUGCCACGGCCAGCAGUCUUUCCAGUGCCCGGUUCUGCUUAUCCACAGGGUGUCCACCCAGCGUUCAUCGGGGCCCAGUACCCCUACUCGGUAACGACUCCGUCUUUGGCGGCAGCCGCGGUGUCAUUUCCAGGAGUCGCUGUCCCUUCCAUGACACAGAUCGCCAUGCACCCGUACCACGCUGAGACAGGGCUCUCUCUGUCUUCCAAUGUAGCAAUAGGAAGUGUUCACGCAGGGUCUACUUUCCCAGCAAUUCAAGGGACUUCCUUAACAAGCUUGUCUUCUCAGCCCAGCUCCCUUGUGACGGGGGGCUUUCCUUCGGAAGACGAACAACACAGCCAGCCGGUCAGUGCUCAAGGGUUGCACUAUCUUCAUUCCGCCUACCGAGUUGGGAUGUUGGCGUUGGAGAUGCUUGGUCGCCGGGCUCACAAUGACCACCCCAACAACUUCUCACGCAGCCCCCCCUACACAGAAGAUGUGAAGUGGCUCCUGGGACUAGCGGCCAAAUUAGAUCAUCAUGGAGUCCCUGCAGAGACUCAACCCUGCCCAUGUCCACAACCACUUGCGCACCCCUGCCUUUCACCAGUUGGUGCAGAGAUGCCAGCAGGCGUAUAUUCAGUACAUCCAUCAUCGUCUGAUCCAUCUCACUCCAGCGGACUACGACGACUUUGUGAAUGCCAUCCGCAGCGCCCGAAGCGCCUUCUGCCUGACUCCGAUGGGCAUGAUGCAGUUCAACGACAUCCUUCAGAAUCUGAAACGCAGCAAACAGACCAAGGAUCUGUGGCAACGGGUCUCUCUGGAAAUGACUACCUUUUCACCCUGAUGCCCCCAUCUUGCGUCCUUCCUUGUGGGAUCUUUUUAAUUUUAGCUAUUUGGAAACCACUGAUUCAAUGUAUUUCUACCAUGACAUUCCUUGUCCAUGUGGCUGUGGCUGUGUUCUACUUCCCUCUUUUCUCUCCUCCCCAGCAAGUGAAGGCAAGGAAACUCUGUCUGUGUGCGUGUGUGUAUGCCUGUGUGUGUGUGUGCGAGUGAGAGAGAGGGGGAGCUGGCUGAUCACCGGUCGACAGUUUUUCGUCUUUUUCCUAUAUAGGGAUGUCUUUAUAAACGAUCAUCAUUUCUGCCUUUUUCGCUCUCUCUUGCUGGGCGUGUAUGCAUGCACGUUAGGGGUAGGAUCAUAAGCCUGUUUCUUUUUGAUAUUUAUUUUGGCAUUUAUAAAUAUGUAUACUACUUUCUAUACGGUUCUUAAAAUUUCAGCCGUUACCGGGGCCAGAAGAGGCAAAGAGUUUGCUUUCUGCUCAUCCAGGUUUUCCUCCAUCGCAGUUCCUUCCUACUUCCUGCCACGGUAGAGAAGCUCAGCCUGAAAAAAAAGGUCCAUCAUCCAGCACAGCUUACCUGUUUGGAUGGGCAAAGACACCACUGGAAGCAUCUGGCCUCCGCAAGUAUGGAACUGGCUGGUACGAUUUCUUUGCUCUUAGAUAAGUGAUCUGAGGGCCUCCUCUUCAGACGACAUAGGAUAUGGAAUGGCUCCCAAGUUGUAUAGUCAUGUUCCUUUGGCUGAGAUGUUAGCUCUCCUGUAAUCAGUUUCUUAUUCUUUGUUUCAGUUUCCCGAUUAAAACCCUCAUUUUUCUUA